GCCUAAUUCCACCUCAAAAUGGAUGACUGUUGUGUUUUUUCUGCCUGCCCAUGUUGAGCCGGGAGAUUAGAGCAAUCAGAUUAGGAGUGCUGCUGACCUGCAGGCGCAGAGAGAGAGAGAGAGAGAGAGAGAAAGAGAGAGAAAGAGAGGGAGAGAGGGUGGGCAGCUUGGAGUCAUCUGAAACACUUCUUCUUCCCAGCUUAAUGUUUUUGCAUUACUUCAGCUUGUUUGUGAACCCCCCCCUCUUUUUUCUGGAUGCCGGUCGACUUUAUUGCCAUUCGGUGAGAAGGUUUUUCACAGUCUGAUGACCCCCUCCAGGGGUUGAGCUGCAGAGCGAUGAAGACAGGCUCCCAGAUCCGCCUGUUGCUAUGGAAGAACUGGACUCUUCGGAAAAGACAAAAGGUCCGUUUCCUGGUGGAGAUCUUAUGGCCCGUAUUGUUAUUCAUUGGUCUGGUGUGGCUGAGGAAGGCCAAUCCCCUCUACCAGCAGCAUGAAUGUCACUUCCCCAACAAGGCAUUGCCAUCGGCGGGGAUUCUUCCCUGGAUUCAGGGUAUCUUUUGCAAUGCUAACAACCCCUGCUUCAGAUAUCCAACACCAGGGGAGUCGCCAGGCAUUGUUUCCAACUACAACAACUCAGUGCUGGCACGAUUCUACGUUGACGCCCAGGAGCUUCUGCUCAAUGAGACAGAUGUCCGGCAGUAUGGUAGGCUUUGGCGUGAGAUGACGUCCUUCUCGAACUUUAUGGAAACGCUACGCAACACCCCCUUUGCAGUUGCAGGCCGUGGGCUGAAGAUUGAUGACAUUCUGAAGGACGACGAGGUCCUCACGGCCUUCCUGUUAAGAGACGCCGGCUUCUCAGAGUCUAUUGUUUACCAGCUCAUCAAUGCCCAGAUACGUCUGGAACAGUUUGCUUUUGGUGUCCCGGACCUGCAGUUGAAAGACAUAGCAUGCAACCAAGCGCUGCUGGAGCGCUUCAUCAUCUUCCCCAGCCGGUUGGGACUCCACGGGGUGCGCAACGCCAUGUGCGCCCUCAGCCAGCAACGGCUGCAGAGGAUAGAGGACAUCCUCUAUGCAAAUCUGGACUUCUUCAAGAUCUUCAAACUGCUGCUGAAACGGGAGAGCUCUCAAGAGCUCCUCAGGGUGGUCUCCUCUCUUUUCCAAGCUGGAGGUCCCUCCUCCUUCACCCAGCUGAUGGCCGGGGUGUCGAGUCUCUUCUGCGGCUACCCGGAGGGAGGGGGCUCCAGGGUCAUGUCCUUCAACUGGUAUGAAGACAACAACUACAAGGUGUUCCUGGGAGUCAACGGCAGCAAGAGUCACAACUAUGUCUACGAUGACACCGCCACUCCGUUUUGCAAUUCGCUGAUGCAGACCCUGGAGUCCAACCCCGUCACCAAGAUCGUGUGGAAUUCAGUCAAGCCCCUGCUGAUGGGAAAGAUCCUGUACACGCCCGACUCCCCGGCCGUCCGAAAGAUAUUAAAGAGCGCUAACACGACGUUUGAGGAGCUGGAGAGGCUCCAGAACAUGGCCAAGGCCUGGGAGGAGGUGGGACCUCAGCUCUGGGCUUUCUUCCACGACAGCGUCCAGAUGAACAUGAUCAGGGAUACCCUGAGGAAUCCGACGGUGAUGCAGUUUGUGGACGACAGUCUGGCGGACAGCGAGUUUACGACCAAACAUAUCCUCAACUUUCUGCACAACGGGCCAGAGGAGGAGAGGGAGGAGGGGAUGCCCGACUUAGACUGGAGGAACAUUUUUAACAUCACGGACCAAGUCGUACGCCUGUUCAACCAAUAUGGAGAGUGCAUCAGUCUGGAUAAGUUUGUGCCUCACACCGAUGAGUCCCAGAUGAUUCACCGGGCCCUGUACCUGCUGGAGGAGAACAAGUUCUGGGCGGGCGUGGUCUUCAUGGACGUGUAUCCCUGGACCACGAGCGUUCCGCCACAUGUCAAGUACAAGAUCCGCAUGGACAUAGACGCGGUGGAGCGGACCAACAAGAUCAAAGACAGGUACUGGGAUCCCGGUCCCAGGGCGGACCCCAUGGAAGACCAGAGGUACCUAUGGGGAGGGUUCGCGUACCUGCAGGACAUGAUCGAACACGGGAUCAUCAAGCUUCACACAGGAAAUGACUGGCCGCUCGGGGUCUACGUCCAGCAGAUGCCGUACCCUUGCUACGUAGAUGACCUCUUCAUGAUCACACUGAACCGCUGCUUCCCCAUGUUCAUGGUUCUGGCCUGGAUCUACUCGGUGUCCAUGACCGUGAAGAGCAUCGUCCUGGAGAAGGAGCUGCGCCUCAAAGAGACCCUCAAAGCCAUGGGGGUCGACAACGGCGUCAUUUGGUACACGUGGUUCAUCGAUAGCUUCAUCAUGAUGACCGCGAGCACGGCGCUGCUGACAGCCAUCAUUAUGGGGGGGAAGGUGCUGAAUUACAGCGACCCGCUCCUCGUCUUCUUCUUCCUGCUGACGUUCACGGUGACCACCAUCAUGCAGUGUUUCCUGAUGAGCGUCUUCUUCAACAAAGCAAACCUGGCCGCCGCCUGCAGUGGCAUCAUCUACUUCACCCUCUACCUGCCUCACAUCCUGUGCUUUGCCUGGCAGGACCGCAUCACCAAGACCAUGAAGCUGGCUGCCAGCUUGCUCUCUCCGGUAGCCUUCGGCUUUGGGACGGAGUACCUUUCGAGGUAUGAAGAGCAAGGUUUGGGUCUGCAGUGGAACAACAUUGGGACCAGCCCGUUGGAGAAAGACACUUACUCCUUCCUCACCUCCAUCCUCAUGAUGGUGUUUGACGGCAUCCUGUAUGGAAUCCUGGCCUGGUAUCUGGACAACGUGUUCCCAGGACAGUACGGCGUCGGUCGACCGUUCUACUUCCCUCUCCAACCCUCGUACUGGCAGAGAUCUGUACCUUCAAAUAUAGAAAUGGCCAAUGAAGAUGCCAAGAAACUGGAAGCAGAGAACCAGGAGCUGGACGUUGAGAGCGGGGACACACCGGAGACUAACACCUGCAAUGGCUCGGCCAGCAAAAAAAACUGCAAGCACCAAAGUAAGAGAGAGCGCCUGGAGAGAGAGAGGGAGCUGCUGAAGCAACAAGAGCAGACUCCGAACCAGGAGGAGGCUGAGGCAGCUGGGGAUGAAGGUCCGCUGUUCUUCGAGCCGGAACCUGUGGGCCUGGUGCUGGGGGUCCAGAUUCAGGAUCUGGUCAAGGUGUUCGAAGGGAGAUCUCGCCCUGCCGUCAACUGCCUCAGCAUCAGCUUCUACGAAGGCCAGAUCACGUCCUUCCUGGGGCACAACGGGGCUGGAAAAACAACGACACUGUCCAUUCUGACAGGUCUCUACCCUCCCACGUCCGGCACGGCCUACAUCAACGGAAGAGACAUUAAGACGGACAUGGACGUCAUCCGCACAUCUUUGGGCAUGUGCCCUCAAUACAACAUCCUCUUCAACCACCUCACGGUGGAGGAGCACAUCCUGUUCUACUCGCUGCUGAAGGGUAGGACUCCAGCGGAGGCUCAGGCAGAGGUGGAGAACAUGCUGCUGGACCUUGGACUGCCUCACAAGCGAGACGAGGAGGCUCAGAACCUCUCAGGCGGCAUGCAAAGGAAACUGUCUGUUGCCAUGGCAUUUGUUGGAGGAUCAAAGGUCGUCAUCCUGGACGAGCCGACAUCAGGAGUGGACCCCUAUUCCAGAAGAUCCAUCUGGGAUCUCCUGCUGAAGUAUAGAACGGGCCGCACCGUGAUUCUGUCCACGCAUCACAUGGACGAGGCGGACCUGCUGAGCGACCGCAUCGCCAUCAUCUCCAAAGGACAGCUUUACUGCAGCGGGUCCCCGCUCUUCCUCAAAAACUGCUUCGGAGUGGGCUUCUAUCUGACCCUCGUGCGCCGCAUAAAGGACAUCAGGAGACGGGAGAACGAAUGCGAUUGUGCGUCGGACUGCUCGUGUUCCUGCUCCAUCUGCAACAAAUACAAAGAUCAGUCUCAGAAUCAGCUGCAGCAGCUCGACAGAGUUCUGGAGGGGGACGUCGACAGCAUCACCAGUCUCAUCCACCAUCACGUUCCCGACGCAAAACUCAUCGAGAGCAUCGGGCAGGAGUUGACUUAUUUGCUUCCGAAUAAAGGGUUCAAACAUAGAGCUUAUGCCAGCCUGUUCAGAGAGCUGGAGGAGACGCUGGCUGACAUGGGUCUGAGCAGCUUUGGCAUCUCGGAUACGUCACUGGAAGAGAUAUUUCUAAAGGUCACAGCAGAUGGAGAAGCAGCAAAUAACGCCACCACUGCAGAACAGUGGAUGUUACAGGGAAGACAAAGUGGCAGCAAAGUUGGUGUAGGCGAAGACGAAGAAAACGACGGUGUAAAUGGGACAGCGUCUGACAGCAGGGCAGGGAAGGGCUCCAGACAGGUGAAGGGUGCUGCGCUGAUCCUGAAGCAGCUCCACGCUUUGCUGGUGAAGAGAUUCCAUCACGCCACCAGGAGCAGGAAAGACUUCAUGGCUCAGAUUGUGCUUCCUGCCACGUUUGUCCUCGUCUCUCUGAUUUUCACGCUGAUUGUCCCGCCGUUUGGAGAAUAUCCUAGUCUGACCCUGACACCCUGGAUGUAUGGACAACAGUUCACCUUCUUCAGCAACGAGCGUCCGUUUGACCCCAGAAUGAAACACUUCACAGAUCGCCUGUUGGGCCUGCCGGGCCUCGGCACACGAUGCAUGCAGGGAGAACUGUUAGGGAUGCAAUGCAACACCAGUGCCUCAGAUUGGGAGCAACCUGACGUCUCGCCCGUAGUCCAGAACAUCUUACAGAGCCCAGAAUGGAACCAGCGCAACCCGUCGCCUACCUGCCAGUGCAGCGCCGGGAAGAAGCUGACCAUGAUGCCCAUCUGUCCCGCGGGGGCGGGAGGUUUGCCCCCACCUCAGCGGGUGCAGGCCACGGGAGACAUCAUGCUAGAUCUGACCGAGCGGAACAUUUCCGACUAUCUGGUCAAAACCUACCCCGGUCUCAUCAGAACCAGCUUAAAGAGCAAAUACUGGGUAAAUGAACAAAGGUAUGGAGGCAUCUCCGUGGGAGGACAACUUCCCAUCCUCGAUGUGGAGCCCAAAGACAUCCAGAACGUUUUCCGUCAGCUGGGACGGAUGCUCAACAUAACAGGGGGUCAGUACUGCAGACUUGCCCUCGGUGAGAUUGGUACGUUCUUACGCUUCAUGGAGAGUGAAUUCAAUGUGAAGGUAUGGUAUAAUAACAAAGGCUGGCACGCCAUGGUGGCCUUUAUGAAUGUGGCCAACAACGCCAUUCUGCGAGCCUUCCUCCCUUCAUUCGCCAGACCUGCUGAGUACGGCAUCACCGCCAUCAACCACCCCCUGAAUCUCACCAAAGAGCAGCUUUCCGAAGUCACUGUGUUGACCACUUCGGUGGAUGCCGUUGUAGCGAUCUGUGUCAUUUUCGCCAUGUCCUUCAUCCCCGCCAGCUUCGUCCUCUACCUCAUUCAGGAGCGAGUGACCAAAGCCAAGCACCUGCAGUUUGUCAGUGGAGUGAAUCCUUUUGUGUACUGGGUGGCCAACUUCUUCUGGGACAUGAUGAACUACGUUGUCAGCACUGCAAUGGUGGUUGGCAUCUUCAUGGCUUUUGAUAAAAAGUGUUACACAUCACAAGCCAACCUCCCAGCAUUGAUAGCCCUUCUUCUUCUUUAUGGGUGGUCGGUGACGCCCAUGAUGUACCCCAUGUCCUACAUAUUCAAUAUCCCGAGUACCGCAUACGUGUCUCUGUCCUGCAUCAAUCUGUUCAUUGGCAUCAACAGCAGCGCCGUCACGUUCAUCCUGGAGCUCUUUGAAAACAACCGGUCUCUGCAGACGUUUAACGAGUGGCUGAAAAAAUGGCUGCUGGUGUUCCCUCACUUCUGCCUGGGGCGAGGACUGAUAGACAUGGCCAUGAACCAGGCUGUCACGGACGUCUAUGCCCGGUUUGGUGAAGAGUACAUAAUGGAUCCGUUCCGGUGGGACUUUGUGGGAAAAAACAUAUUUUUUAUGCUGAUGGAAGGCUUUGUGUACUUUACCCUCAAUCUUCUGAUCCAGUAUCGGUUCUUCUUGGAUCACUGGUUACCAGAAUACAAGCAGACUGUCGUACAGGAUGCGGACGAAAACGUUGCCGAAGAGAGGCAGAGGAUUUAUGAGGGAGGAAGCAAGAAGGACAUCCUGCAGAUUCGAGAUCUCUCAAAGACGUAUGUGGGCAGAAAGAGGGCAGCUGUGGACCGGAUUUGUGUGGGAGUCCCCGCAGGCGAGUGUUUUGGUCUUCUGGGAGUUAAUGGAGCUGGAAAAACAACAACUUUCAAAAUGUUGACAGGCGACACUGAUGUCAGCUACGGAGAGGCUACUGUGGCUGGUUACAGCAUCCUGACAGAGAUGCUCGACGUGCACCAGAACAUGGGCUACUGCCCCCAGUUUGAUGCCAUUGAUGAGCUUCUUACCGGCAGGGAGCAUCUCUACCUUUACGCCCGUCUCAGAGGGGUGCCCGAAUCAGAGAUCCCCAGAGUGGCAGAGUGGGGCAUCCAGAAACUGGGCCUGACAGAAUACGCUGGCUGCAGUGCAGGAACUUACAGCGGAGGCAACAAGCGUAAACUGUCCACAGCUAUCGCAAUGAUUGGCUGCCCUGCACUGGUCCUGCUGGACGAGCCGACAACUGGGAUGGAUCCGCACUCUCGGCGCUUUCUGUGGAACGCCAUCAUGAGUGUGAUUCAGGACGGCAGGGCCGUGGUGCUGACAUCACACAGCAUGGAGGAGUGUGAAGCUCUAUGCACUCGACUGGCUAUCAUGGUCAACGGGACAUUUAAGUGUCUUGGUACCAUCCAGCAUCUCAAAUACAAAUUUGGCGACGGCUACGUUGUGACCAUGAAAAUCAAGGCAGCUAAAGCAGGCUUGUCUCCGGAGCUGGAGCCUGUGGAGAGCUUUAUGGAGAACUCCUUCCCCGGCUGUGUUCAGCGGGAGAAGCACUACAACACGCUGCAGUAUGAAAUUGCCUCCUCCUCCCUAGCGAGGAUAUUCCAGCUGGUGGUGGCCAAUAAAGACAGGCUCAGCAUCGAGGACUACUCUGUUUCCCAGACAACACUGGACCAGGUGUUUGUCAACUUUGCCAAGCAACAGAUGGGGGAGGACGAGGACGUGACGCUGCACAGGCGGACGGCAAGAAAAGACACAAAGAUCUUGCCCGUGAAGAGGAAAUGAUGAACCGACACUUCUAAGCAUUCGGAUAAACGCAUAUGGGUUCCCCUGCACAGCAGCGAUCGUGAUACACCUUCCAAAGUCCCGGUGGAAAUCUAGGUAACAUAGGUGUUCAUGAGUUAGCGAGGCCGUUCACCUGCCAAGUUGGUUUCUGCAGCCACAGCCAAACUUGAAAUGCCUUUGGCUCCUGAUGAGGGUUAAUUUGGUCUGAUAUACUACCCAGCACGUGAGGCUCUUGAUUUUGACUUAAAGUAAUGCACAUUAAACCACAGAGACUGAUGUAAACGCAGAGAAAAUGGCUCAUCGGACUGAUGGGUUGUUUAAAUAUGUACAUAUUGUAUGAGUAAUAAAUUAUUAAGCUCCCUAGACAUUUUUGUCUAUAUUAAAACACACAACUCUAUUUUACUAGACAUAUUUACAUGAAAUAUUUAUUGUUCUCAGACUGACUGAAUGCAAAAUAUGUUUACCAUUGCUUUUGUUCUGUUCGGCCAUUUGCUAUGCAUUAAAGUAUCUCUUUUUCUGCUGUUUUUCAUACUUCGCACAUCAUGUUGUCUCCCUGUGUGACAACAAAAUAGCAGGAAAUCCGUUUAUGUCUCUGGCAUUUGUAUAACCCAUGCUUUCCAGUCCAGUCGCAAAAAAUAAAAACAAUCACAA